GCCAGUUGUUACUUCAUCAGGUGUAGGAUGGCAAAAUUUUCGUCUACAAAGCUACACCAAUGUAAUGGCUCUUGUAUUUAAUAUCUAGACAUUCGUAUAGUAUUUUUCUCUAGACUAGAAUAGCUAUGUAUAAAUGAUUGGUGGGUGGAAGCAAGAGUCCGAGUGAAAAAGCAAAGAAAUCGCUCCGAUGGCUUCGCUCAUCUUCUGCGGCACCGGACCAGAGCUUCGCAGAACGGACAUCAGUGUCCAAAUAAUUCACAUCCAGUCUCACUCUCCUGGGCGGCGCUGGACGAGCCAGUCCACACAAUUUUUGAAUUGGACGCACGACAUAAUGUACCUGUGCUUUUCAAUGUUUGAAAAAACUAAAAUCGUUCAUCUCUUUGCCGCUUCGUUUUUCUCUCUAUCUUGCGACUGUAAAUGUCGUUCCUACAUUCGUUAGUUUUUUUUAAAUAGUCACGACACCAGUCAUUCCCACUCCACUUGUUCAACGCACUCGAAUUUGGCCUUUUUACCACAUGGUGGAAAUUUGGUUGGGCUAAGAAGUUGUCUUGUCGACACGUCGAGGAAGAAUCCCAAUCCUUUUGGAGAUGCACUCUAGCUUUAGGACCCACCCAACCCGUCACGUCGUCAAACAAAGGGCUGGCUACGAUGCGUCUAGCUCAAGUCGAUUCAAACCGCAAUUUGCGCGCCAGGACACACUUGAGUACCGACGCAUUUCGCUUAUCGCGGAAAAAAAUGCCCCCUAAGCCUACUGCAAAGGACGCUGACGACGCACAAAAGCAACGCCAAACGAACCUCGAGAUUGACUUACUCAAGAGUGCGUGGAUACAAAAGGAUCGUGAGUCACCUCCAAGUGCUAACAAGAAGUAAUUCAGCGCUUUCAAGUAUUUCUCGUUCAUCAAAGAGCAAAGACGCUAUCACAAGUUUCAUUUUGAGAUGAGUGAUAGUCCUUGCAAGAGACGCAGAGCGAGCAGUCGCAGCUGCCAUCACCUUGGUUGGUUGCAGACAGACGGGCAGUGGUGGAGAAAUCAGCUGCGCUACGAUCAUAUCCUUCAUUUAUCGCCAACUUUCGUGCUGAAGCUCCUCCCAACCUCUCAAAUUAUCUAUUCAAGCAGGCAUGCGUGCCAUAGAUGAAAGCGUGCCAAGUGUAUUUACGUGUUAAAUGAAGACACGAUAAGUUAUAAGCAGUUAAUUUAUCUAGCUU